AUGGACGGAUUUGACGAGGAAGCAUUCAAGAAGUUUUUCCCGACUAGCUUUGGCAAGCAAGAGAAGAAAGCCGAUGUGAGCUCACAGAUUGAUCGCACCAAGCGCGCAGAAGUCUCUGUGAACCCUGAUGGCGACGGCAAAAAAGCGGGUUCAAUAGGAGAGACGACGACUGAGGCGAUUCCCGCGGCCGAGGAGGAUAACCAGAAGAACGAUUCAGAAAGCGAUGAUGGGAGUGACGACUCUGAUGACGACUCUGACGAUGAGGAUGAGUUCCCGGUCUCUCACGAACUCACUCUCAAAACACACGACCGCGCAGUGACAACCUUGACCGUGGAUCCCGCAGGUUCGCGACUGAUCACCGGCUCGACCGAUUGUACUAUAAAGCUACACGACUUUGCGUCCAUGACCCCGUCGACAAUACGCGCAUUCAAAUCCGUCGAUCCUUCUGCCAAAAAGCAGUCUGCUGCGCAGGAGGCGCAUGCCGUGCAUUAUGCAGCUUUCAAUCCCUUGUCCCCCAGCUACGUCAUGGUUGUUUCGGCCACACCCCAGCCAAGAAUUUUGAGUCGCGAUGGUGAUACGAUUACCGAGUUUGUCAAGGGUGAUAUGUAUUUGAGGGAUCUCCACAACACCAAAGGUCACAUCUCUGAGGUGACUGGCGGCGUGUGGUGUCCAACCGACGAGAACCUGUGUGCCACCGCAGGCACAGAUAGUACUGUGCGCAUCUGGGAUGCCAAUAUCGGUCGGUCACAGAAGGAGGUCAUCGUGCAUAAAUCAAAGAUGGCGGGAUCCGCUGGCCGGAGUAAAAUGACCGCUGUUGCAUGGGGUUCUCCCAAGCAGGGUGGCCCCAAUGUUCUCGUUGCUGCUGCGCUCGAUGGCAGCUUGCUGAUGUGGAGCGGAAACGGGCCGUACACUCGGCCAAGCGCAGAGAUUAGAGAUGCACAUACUAAGGAUACCUGGACGAGUGGAAUCGACAUCAGCUCGGAUGGACGGCUUGUUAUCACUAAGGGCGGAGAUGACACUAUCAAGCUGUGGGAUACCAGGAAGUUCAAGCAACCCAUCACCACGGUCGCCCAUCCUUCCAGCACUCGGUACCCGUCGUCGAAUAUCAUCUUCUCGCCUACAUCGGCCAAUGUUCUCACGGGCUCGGAGACUGGACACCUGCAUAUCUUGAAUCCAGCUACGUUGAAACCGGAACUGGUUACGCCUGUUACGCCGGGAUCGCCUCUUAUUAGUGUUUUGUGGCAUGAGAAGAUGAACCAGAUUAUUACCGGCUCGGCCAACGCCGAAACUCAUGUUCUUUACAACCCUAAUAUGUCUACCAAGGGUGCCGCAUUGAUUAUGUCCAAGGCCCCGAAGCGUCGACACAUUGAUGAUGACCCUAGCCUUACCAUGGAUCUCACCCAGGGGAUUUCUGGCGAUUCUGUGGUUGUCGGAUCCAACGGGGUGCCUCAUUACAGUUCGUCCACCUGGUCCGCCCGGCACCCGACCAUCGGACUCACGGCGUCAGGCCGGCCAAGAGAUCCACGGAGACCUCAUCUACCAGCACAAACACCUUUCGCGAAAUCGCAGCCGGAUGAGAAGCAUAUCCGUGAGAACAUUCCUCUUAGUUCCAUGCGGGAUGAAGAUCCCCGGGAAGCUCUGCUCAAGUAUGCAGACAAGGCUGAGAAGGACCCGGUAUUCACCAGGGCGUAUAAGGAGACGCAGCCCACGCCAAUCUACCGGGAUAUUAGUGAUGAUGAGAACGAGCAGGGGCCGGAUAAGAAGCGGACAAAGCGAUGA